CUACGGCCUGGUGGUGCUGGUGCAGCUGAAGGAGCUGGUGCCUCAAGCAGAGCUCAAGCUGGAGCCCAGGCUGUAGCUGAGGCCGGGGCUUGUGAGGCCCCCAUAGGCCCAGCUCAGACCACCCGCAUAGCUGCUGCUGGGAUCGGCAGCGUCCCAGACUCCAGCCGGUUCUCCUCGCCCUCCAGCGGCUUCCUGUAGGUGGCACUCUCAACGUCCAGCGCCAGCUUGAGGGCCUCAAAAGCCAAAGGGCUUCCCUGGAGGCCGCCAUCUCAGAUGCAGAGCAGCGGGAGCUGGCCAUUAAGAAUGCCGACGCCAAGCUGUCUGAACUGGAGGCCGCCCUGCAGCGGGCCGAGCAGGACCUGGCACGGCAGCUGUGAGGCAGGGCCUGCCACCUUCGACCACCUGAGAUCCUAGGGCAGGCGUGAAAACCUUGGCGCAGCCAGCACGUCUUCACUUGAAGUUCUCGCGAGGCCCCCAAGCGCUCGAAAUUGCACAGGUUUGUGAGCACUGCUCAGCCUGGCGCAGGCGUAGACAGGACUUUGGUCAGGCCGACCGCCAUUGCACAACGCGGAGGACUCACUUGGCGUCACGGGGAUGCCGCGGCUUCUCUGCUUGUGCCUCCUGUGGCUUGGACUCCUGCUGGUUAGGUUUUCUGGUGAACUGAGCGACAUCAGCAGUGCUAGGAAGCUGUGCGGCAGGUACUUGGUGAAAGAAAUAGAAAACCUUUGCGGCCACGCCAACUGGAGCCGGUUCCAUUCUGAGGAGGAAACCCCUUUCACACGGUUGCUCGCACAGACCUCGGAGAAGGUCGAAGCUUUCAUUCCUGACCAGUUCGAAAGCCCCCAAACCACUUUCCCGGUCUGGAGUAGAGGCACAAAUCCAGUGUCUACUUCUGCCUCUUGGGAAGAAGCGGUAAACAGUUGGGAAUUGCAGUCACUACCUGAGUAUCAGUAUAAAAAGGCAUACUCACCUCUUGAUAAGACAAGAGAAUUUUCUUCAUCACAUAAUAUCAAUCCGUAUAUUCGUGAGAAUGCAAAAUUUCAGAAGAAAGGUAGAAACAAAAUUAAAACCUUAAGCAAUUUGUUUUGGGGGAAUCAUCCCCAAAGAAAACGCAGAGGAUAUUCAGAAAAGUGUUGUCUUACAGGAUGUACAAGAGAAGAACUUAGUAUUGCAUGUCUUCCAUAUAUUGAUUUUAAAAACUUAAAGGAAAAAAGAUCAUCACUUGUGACUAAGAUAUACUAACCAUCAUAAAAAUUAUACUAAUAUAAUAAAAGCUUAUUACAUUUAUCUUACUCUUUUAUUAUUUUAAUUUUUUUGUAAUUGUGGUUGUAAGUGAUAUGCUGUGAACAGUGUCUGAAUAUAUUUGCAAGCACUUGACCAUACCUUAUAGUAGUAAUAAGAAUCUUAGAAUUUUCUUUGGUAACCCUGUUGUUUUCCUUAGUUUUCACAACCUUUUUGAAGGCGGUAUUUCUGGAGGUGGUGUGAUCCAUGCAGACAUCUAAGAGUUGGUUAUCUGUUCACUUCUUGCCAUUAUGGUUGAAACUCUCUUAAGCUGCAUUUAGUGAAUUAUGGAAUCUUCUGCUUUCCAUCUGCUUGACACACAAAACUGAUGCCCAUGACUGUUAGGCUUACUCCAAAAGGCCAACCUAUCUGUCCCACCAACUUAAAAAUAACUAAUCAACUACCAUUCCUAGUAGAAGCUCUUGUACUGUAAUAGUAGUUACACUUCUAAUUCCUUGAAUUUUAUUAGUUUCUUUUCACAAUUUCUACUGAGGACUUAAAAUAGAAUUUGGUGAAUCUAAACUAAAAUCUCUGCAAGAUACCCUGUCUUUGCUCUGAAGGUACUGAUAUAAUGUGAGUCAACAUAUAAUUCUCAGUAUUUGAUUGAGAAAUCUGUAGAAAAGAUUCUUAAAGCAUAGUCCCUGACCAAACCAGCAGCAUCAGCAUCAUGUGAGAACUUGUUAGAAAUGAAGUCCUAAGGUCUCACUCCAGACCACCUGAAUCAGAAACUCUAGGUAUGGGGGCCAGCAAUCUGUUUAAUAAGCCUUCUAGGUUAUUCUGAAGUAGGUUAAAGGUCAGGAACCACUGGUAAUAGAGUUACUGUAUGAAUAUUGUUGAAGUUUUUCUAUUCAAGUGAUGCAUAUCUCAACCCAAAGUAGAUGUUACAAUACUAAAUUUUUAGUGUUUUUUCCCCUGUCAACACAUGAAAUAAUUUUAGUACUACGAAUUAGAGCAAGACGUAACCCAGUGAACCCAAAAUGGAAUUUCUACUUUGUACCCAUUAAUUCGUGGCUAAGUAGCUUUUGAGAUCUUUUUCUAGUUUCUUUCCCAAACGUGUGCUAUAAUGUUCUUUUUAAUUUUUUAUUUCUAUUUGGCUUCGUUACUUCUUAGAACAAAGGUUCUUUUCCACUUAUAUCUAUGUCAUAUAUACUUUCAAUGCAUUAAUAAAUAUUGUUGAAUUUUCAUCAGUUUCAGGGUACAGUCUGCAUUCAGUUAUCUGUCAAUAUAGGGAGCUACCCAUGUAGAUACAAAAUGACAGCUUAUGUUAUGGUUCAGUAGUGGAGUAGGUCUGCUAAGCAUUAGAUGAAAAUGCUCCAUUUAUUGAGAAUUGCCUAUGCUUUGGCUAAAAUACAGCCAUGUACACGAUCUAGUUUGAAAUGGUAUACAUCUGUACUUGUGGUUGAAGAAUAAAGUGCAGCUUGUUAGCUUACUUAUAAUAAACACACAUCAAAAGUCCCAAAUAGAAAAUCAUGGUAUUAACCACGUGUGUUAUUUGCAUAGCUGUAUUCUUCCCUAUACACUUUUUAAUAAUUUGUAUGUUAGGUUGUAUUUAGUUUGCUUUUUGGUUUAAUGUCUGCCUUCUAAUAUUUAAAAUUAAAAUAAUGAUGUUGUACAUUUUGAUAGAACACUCACAUUUAUUUUAUAGAUUCCUUAAGCAAUCCCAAAUUGAAAAUAAAAAAAAGAAAGAAAUCUGAGCUACCUUAAUAUUAAGCAACUUACUUAGGCUCCAUGUUAAAUUACUUGCUAGUUAGUGGUAGAACUGGAUCAAGAUUUUAAUACUAACAUCUUGUUCAAUACUACUGAUGUCAAUAAAAUCAUAAGUAGAAAUUGUCCUUUUUUUUUUUUUUGAGACAGGAUCUGUUGCCCAGGCUGGAGUGCAGUAAUGUGAUCACAGCUCACUACUGCCUCAGCCUCCUGGGCUCAAGUGAUUCUUCCAUCUCAGCCUCCUGAGUAGCUGGGACUACAGAUUCAUACCACUACACCUGGAUGAUUUUAAGUAUUUUUUUGUAGAUAUACAGUCUUGCUAUGUUUCUCAGGCUGGUCUCUGGGGUCCUGGCCUCAAGUAAUCCUCCCACCUUGGCCUCCCAAAGUGCUGGGAUUAUCUUCAUAAUUUCUUGUCCAGAUUAUUUGCUGCUGGCACAUAGAAAUGAUUUUUAUCUAUUGAUUUUGUAUCCUCCAACUUUACUGAAUUUGUUUACGAGUUCUAAUAGGGUUGGGUUUUUUUUUUUUUUUUUGAAUCUUUAAACAUUUUUCCAAAUAUAAUAUCACCUGUAAAUAAGGAUGGUUUUACUUCUUCCUUUCCAUUUUGGAUGUCCUUUGUUUCUUUUUCUUGGCUGAGUGGUCUAGCUUGGACUUCCAGUACUAUGUUGAAUAACAGUUGUGAAAGUGGACAACCUUGUCAGGUUCCAGAUAAUAAAGGAAAGGUUUUCAGUUUUUCCCUAUUCCUUAUUCUGCAUCCCUAUUGAGUAUAUCUUUAUUCAGUAUGAUACUAGCUCUGGGUCUAUCAUAUAUGACUUUCAUUAUGUUGAGGUAUGUUCCUUCUAUACUCAGUUUUUUUAGGGUUUUUAGCAUGAGGUGUUUUUAUUUUUAUCAAAUGCUUUUUGAGCAUCAGUUGAAAUUAUCAUGUGGUUUUUGUCCAUCAUUCUGUUGCUGUAUCACAAUGAUUGACUGGCAAACGUUGAACCGUUCUUGUAUUCCUAGGAUAAAUACUCCUUGGUCAUGACGAUUUUUUAAAUGUGUUGUUGCAUUUGGCUUACUAGUAUUUUGUUGAGGUUUUUUGCAUUCAUGUUCAUCAGAGAUACUGGCCUGUAGUUUUCAUUUUUUGAUGUGCCUCUAUUUGGUUUUGGUAUCAGAGUAAUAUUGGUCUCAUAGAAUGAGUUUGGAAGUAUUCUAUGUCUACUUUUGGGAUUAGUUUGAAGAGAAAUUGAUUAGUUUUUCUUUAAAUGUUAAAAUCAGCAGAGAAACCAUUGGGCCCUGGGCUUUUCUUUGUAGAGUUUUUAUUAUAGCUUUGAUGAUAUUACAUGGUACUGGUCUAUUCACAAGUUUUGGAUUUCUUCAUGUCUUAAUCUUGGUAAGCUGUAUGUAUAUAGGAAUGUAUCCAUUUCUUGUAGGUCUCCCAAUUUAUUGGCAUAUAGUUGCUUAUUGUAGCCUCUGAUGAUCCUUUGAAUUUCUGCAGUAUGAGUUAUUUCUUCUUUUUUAUCUCUAAUUUGAUUUAUUUGUGUCCUGUCUCAUUUUUUUCUAAGUU